AUGGCGAAUGACGACGCUCAGGCCCGCCGAUAUUCGAUUGCCAAUAUCAAUCCCACCCCCGAUUCUCCCCAGAAUAGGGAUCCCAACGACGUCUUUGACGAGGAUGGAAAUUUCAAGGCGGUGUUGCCCUCUUCGCUAUGUGCCAGUUUCGACAUAGAUGGAAACCCUACUCUAGUCGAAACGCCGCAAGCUCGAGACGAUGAACCCCCAGUAUUCCCAGAAAAACCGUGCCCCAUUAUUAUACCCAAUGCCCAGCCUGUCAAGUCACCGGAAAUUCUGGAAGAGAAAGAGGACUUUGAGCCGGGUACUAGUACUGAGGAAGAGUUUCUCGAUUCAGAGCUGGAAAGCGAGUUGCUGGCUAAAGAGAGGAGAGAAAAGGAGAGAAAAUUGACAAGAAAGAGCAGCAAGGAGGUUUUGGGUCGUAGGAGGAAGGGCUGGUGGAGAUUAUUUGGAGGGACGGGAGGAACAAAGAGUAUCUUCUGGGCGUUCCUUCGGUGGCCGCUCCUGCUUGCGUUCUCCGCAUUCAUCUUGGUUGAUCUUGCUUGUUAUAUAGUUGUUCGUCAGUGGGUACGAUGGUACGAAUGGGCUAUUAUCUGGCGAGGAAAGAGGCGCGUUUUGAGAGAAAAACUCAACAGCGCCACAGACUAUGAAGAAUAUAAACAUGCUGCUAGACAAUUAGACGAGUAUCUGGGGAAUAGUGCCUGGAAAGCGGAAGAGUUUUGUCCGUAUUACGAUGUCGAUCUAAUUCACCGCACCGUUCGCCGAUUGCGACGGCAUCGUCUAAGUAUCAUUUCCGCAAACCGUGCCAUUUCCGAUGCCCGCAAGCGAGGUGAAAACAGCGAUAUUUUGGACAAGGAAACGCGGGCGAGUGCGACCCGAGGGAUUCAAAAGAUUUUACAGCACGGUGCUUGCAAGUCAAACUUUGGAGGUGUGGAAAAUGAGUCGCUGUACAGCCAUUCUUACCUUGGCACAAAAGUAUUGGUGGAGGAAUAUGUAGGCGAAUUGUGUGCCUCUUUAGAAGCGCUUUCCAAUUCAGAAGAUAUGACCUUGGAGGAGAAGCGGGAAUUCAUACGGAAAGCUUCUAAGGACUAUGGAAGAACAGCGUUGUGUUUAAGUGGGGGAGCUACUCUAGGGUAUUAUCACAUUGGGGUUGUCAAGACUUUAUUCGAGAACAAGUUAUUGCCUAACAUUAUAACUGGCACUAGCGCAGGAAGUUUGAUAGCUGCGCUAAUUUGCUGUCGUACUGAUGCGGAGCUGGUGGAAGAGGUCUUUGAUCCUUCUAUCCACAAAAUUUUGACGGCCUGCGAUGUCCCGUAUUGGGAACGGGCAAAGCGGCUUUAUAGAACAGGGGCGAUGUUUGACCAUCGGGAGUGGUAUCAGAAAACAAUGAUCGCCACGAAGGGACCUUUGACAUUCUUGGAGGCGUAUCAGCGAACCGGACGUGUCCUUAAUGUUGCCAUUGUACCGGAUGAGCCACAUAGCCCCUUCAAGUUGUGCAACUACAUCACGACCCCAAACGUAGUUGUUGCAACUGCGGUCAUGGCUAGUAGCGCGGUUCCGGGAGUGUUAAACCCUAUUGAGCUUUUAAUGAAGAACGAAACCGGCCAGCUCGUGCCUUUUCGCGGUUCUGGUCGACGGUGGAGAGACGGUAGCCUCAUGAUGGAUAUCCCCGAAAGAGAGCUGCAUCGCCUAUGGAACGUGAAUUUUACUAUUGUGAGCCAAGUUAAUCCACAUAUUGUCCUCUUCUUCUUUGAUCGACGUGGAAGUGCUGGAUCUCCCACCUCCCACCGGCAUGGUCAAGGAUGGCGUGGAGGUUUUGUUGCGUCGGCACUUGUUCAUCACUUUAAACUCGAUCUGCAGAAGUGGAUGACCCUGAUCAAAGAUUUUGAACUUCUCCCGAGGGUUCUAGGCACGGAUGUUUCGGACGUUUUCCUACAGCGCUUUGAAGGAUCAGUGACAAUAGUCCCUAAACCCACCAUAUCGGAUUACCGAUAUAUUCUAGAGGACCCGACCAACGAGCGCAUGGUGAAAUAUAUCUCAAAAGGCCAAGUACAAGCAUGGCCUAAAUUUCACAUGAUACAAAACCGGAUGAGGAUUGAAAAGACUUUGGCAAGGAUUAAAAGGACGUUGGGAAGCGAUGAGAAGCUCAAUAGCGGAACAGGCCGCAGGAGCAGUCGGUUGUCCAAUGGUUGUCUUAGUGCCAAGAGUCCCAGAUGGAUCGCAGGGCUGGAUGAAGCAAGGGAGGACACCGCAGUAGAUGAAUAA